AUUUGAAUUAUUGUAAUAAUUUCCUUUUGUUUUACUAAAACAUAUUUGCAUUUUUUUUUUCUUGUACUAAUAAUAUUUGUAAUGCUUUAUUAUAUAUACAAAAGAGUUGUAUAUGCAACUAUUAAAUAUUAAUAUAUAUAAAAGUAUUACAAAUAAUAAUAAAAGGACUAAUAAGCAGGUAAAGCCUAAUCUAAUAAGAAACUACUACUUUAAUAAAAAAAAAGAAUUAAGCAAAACUAAUUCUGUAAUAAAAUGCUAUAUAUAUGAAACCAAAAUUAGAUUAAUCUUGACCUUUAAAAUGGUUGAAAUAGUUAAAAUUAAUUUGACUUUAGCCUUCCAGAAGUCAAAAUAAUUGAAAUAAUUAUUAUUUUUUUUUUA